AUGGUCAUUCAAUCACUUCCAACCUCGACUGAAAUACUUGUUGUGGGCGGCGGACCCGCCGGAAGUUACGCUGCUGCUGCUUUAGCUCGAGAAGGGUUUGAAGUUACUCUUCUCGAAGCUGCGAACUUCCCUCGAUACCAUAUAGGCGAGAGCUUGCUCCCGUCGGUCCGCCAAUUCUUGGCAUUUGUUGACGCAGAGAAAUCUAUCAUGAACUAUGGCUUCACAAUUAAGCCCGGUGCUGCGAUCAAGUUGAACCAGUUCAAGCGAGAAGGAUAUACAGAUUUCAUUGCGCUUAACCCAAACAAUGGGUCUUGGAACGUGAUCCGAUCAGAAUUUGACGAUCUGUUAUUUCAUCAUGCUUCGAAGUGUGGGGCAACCAUAUUCGACAACAUAAGAGUUGCUGAAAUUCAUUUCGACGGAGAAAGGCCUGUUUCAGCCGACUGGAGGAAUGCAAGCACCGGGAUACAGGGCCGAAUCUUUUUCAACUACCUAGUCGAUGCAUCAGGAAGGAACGGGAUCAUGUCCACAAAGUAUCUCAAGAACAGACGCUAUAAUCAGGCUCUCCACAACGUCGCAUGCUGGGGAUACUGGGCCGGAACUGGGUCUUACAUGCCAAACACUACUCGCCAGAAUGCUAUCUGGGUCGAAGCACUUGAAGACGAGUCUGGAUGGGCCUGGUUCAUCCCUCUUCAUGAUGGGACUACAUCUGUGGGUAUUGUGAUGGAUCAAGAGUCGAGCAACCGCAAGAAGAAGGCUUCUCGUGCGGCCUCGGGAACAUCCGGCUCGAAUCUUCUGGCUCAUUAUAAGGAAGAAUUACGCAGAGCUCCUGGAGUACUCAGAUUGAUUGGAAAUGGCACUCUUCGAAACAACGGUACAUUGGAAGCUGUCAAAUCUGCAAGUGAUUUUAGUUACUCGGCUUCCUCUUACGCCGGGGAUCAUUUCCGCCUGGCGGGGGAUUCUGGAGCGUUCAUUGACCCAUUCUUCUCCUCUGGCGUGCAUCUGGCUUUCACAGGAGGACUUUCGGCUGCCAUCACGAUAGCUGCGUCCAUUCGAGGGCUUUGCAGCGAAGAGGAUGCCCAACGGUGGCAUACCUCAAAGAUCGCCACCUCUUACACGAGGUUUCUUCUCGUCAUCCUGGGGACCUACAAACAGAUCCGCAAUCAGUCUAAACCAGUGAUGAACGAUGUGGACGAGGACAAUUUUGAUAGAGCCUUCAAUCUUAUCAGGCCAGUGAUACAAGGAACCGCAGAUGUUGGCAAGGCGCUAACAGAAGAUGAACUCCAGAAAACCAUGGACUUCUGUCAUCAUUUAUUUGCACCCACUGAUCCUGAGAUGCAUUCUGCAGUCAGAACUAGGCAAGGAUUGGAUCCUACUUUAACAUCCCCAGAUGCACCCGUCAUGACGGAAUGCGAAGUGGAUCGGUUGCUCGGAGAUGCUGAUGAGGAAGCCAAGAUUGUUUUGAAGGAGAUCAACGCGCGAAAGCCCAUCCAUACGAUGUACAACCCCACGGAGAACUUCGGCGUCGAGGAACACCUUGGUUUCAAAGCUGUCUUGGAACGGGGGAAAUUGGGUUUGGUAACUGCGUAG